GGUCUGUAAUGGUCCAUCCAAUUGAUUUGGGCUCCAUUGUGGCAAUAUAUAUCCCAACAAAAGCAACAAAGAGGCAUAAGAAUAGAUGCAGGUUCAAAGGAAAGGAAUCAUGAAAAAUUGUAAAAAGGCUCUGAGGACCGAUAACAUGCACACUUCAUGCAGAGGAACAACUUUUUUAAUGCCCGUUUCAGCCGUUGUCAUGUGAUCAAGUAGAACCAUAUCUGUGGAGCCACACAGCAGCGGAACCAUUUUAUUGCCGGAUUUCAAGAUGGGUCGCACUUUCCUCUGUGUGCUGGGCUUAUUGUGUCUCAGUUUCCUCCUCUGCUGUGGAAACAAUCCGGGAACAUGGGUUUCCCUGACUGUGUCUCCAUCAUGGCUGAGUCCUGGAGCCUCAGUUAAUCUGAGCUGUAAGGUUGAUCCUCCAUCUACAGGAUGGAGGUUCUACUGGUAUAAAGCUGUUCCUGAUCGAUCACAGGAGGACUACAGAUAUGAGCUGCUGGCUGACAGCAUCAAUGGGACUGUAGAGGACUCCUUCAUCAUUCAUGGACAGAGACACACAGCAGGAUAUGCAUGUAGAGCUGGAAGAGGAAACCAAGAGGAUUUUACUGAUUACAGUGAACCAAAGUUUGUCUGGUCUGCAGAUUCUAAUCCAGCAGCGUCUCUCACUGUGAGUCCUGACAGAGAGGAACAUUCAGCUUUUGAUGAAGUCCAGCUGAUCUGUGAAGGAAGCUCUGCUGAGUGGAGAGUGAGGAGAUUUAUAAACUAUUAUGGUUUAAGUUCAACUAAUUGCUCCUCCUGGGAGACAAUGACUGGAUCUGUUUGCACCUUAAAAUAUGACUGGGAGCCUAAAGCUGUUUACUGGUGUGAGUCUGCAUCAGGAGAGUUCAGCAAUGCCGUCAACAUCACUAAUGCUCAUCCAGCUGUGUCUGUCUCAGUGAGUCCUGACAGAGAGCAACACUUCACCAAUGAGUCUGUAACAGUGAACUGUAGAGGAACCUUUACUCAUUCCAGAGUGUGGGGGGCUGACAACGAUGGUUACCGGUGGUUCAGUCAUCCCUGCCUGGACUGGGAGACAAUGAAUGGAUCCUGUAGCUUUGAACUAGAAAAACCAUAUGAAUCUAGUUUCCAGACAAAAGUGCUCUGGUGUGAGUCUGGAUCAGGAGAGUUCAGCAGCUCAGUCAACAUCACUGCAGUCGAUGGAGAUGUUCUCCUGGUGAGCCCCGUCCAUCCUGUGACUGAGGGAGCUUCUGUUACUCUGAGCUGCAGACUCAGAGGACAAAAUACACUUUCCAAUGUGUUUUUCUAUCACAAUGACAAACUGGUCCAAAAUGACAGCAGAGGGGAGCUGAAGAUCUCUGCAGUGUCUCAGUCAGACGAAGGCUUCUACAAGUGUGAACAUUCAGGAAAAGCUUCACCACAGAGCUGGAUGGCAGUAAAAGCUGGAAGUUCUUCAUUUCAUGUGAUGUGGGUCAUUAGACCAGUGAUUGGAAUCGUUCUGAUAAUUCUGCCUCUGCUGGUGUGUCGGUUCAGACGCUCCAAAGGUAUCAGAGCAGCACAGACUGUCAUCCAGGAUGACCAUCAGCAGCAAGUGUACUCCUCUCUCCUCCAUGGAGAUCUUGGUCUCUAUGAAACAAUCAGAGGGUCUGGAAACUCUGGAAAUGGUCAAGAACAACAGGAUGGUACUAAUGUGACUGCAGGGUCAGACUAACCUGGAACAUUUUUUCUAGAGGGGUCCUGUCUAGACCUAAACAUCUUUGAUCUGGGUUCAAAUCCUUUGGCUCCUCAGAACCUACCAUGACAGUAGUAUCAGCGGCACCAGGAUGAAGUCCAGUCAUCUGAGAGUUUUCCUUCUAUCCAGCAGCUUUUGCCAUUAAGCAUCAAAGACUUUAUUUCACUGUUUUCAGUUGUUGAUUCAGAUUUAGUUUCACAUUCAAAAACAAACAUCCAUCAUGAAUAAACUUAGGAGGAAAUGGAAAAAAAAAUAUGUUGUUAGUUGUAGAAACGUAGUUUCUAUUCUCAAGAAAUGUAUUUCCCCAUGCUUAGCUUUCAUGUUUACAUGAAACUUAAACAUUGUGUGUCUAAUGUUGUUUCUUAGGGGUUAUCAAAUCGGUUUACCCCCACCUUUCUUUGGGACUGUGUCCAGAGCCUGAACAGGGAAAAUAUCUGAACAACUGUUGUUUUAACCAAGAAGUCUGACUGGAGUUUUACUGAUUGAUUCUGCCACAAAACAAGAAAGCCUGGUUGCAUUGAACUUGCAUUCCUAAAAAUUAAAUAAAAUAGGAAAUUUAGGGUUAUUUCUUUUGUAAAUACUGAAAUGCUUCAACAUUAUUGCAGCUACAUCAAUUGUAUUGCAAGCAAAAAGUUUAGCUAUUUUAUCACAUAGGUUAACAUUUUGUCAUUUUAAAGUGAGCGAAAGAUUUUGUUCAAU